CCAAGCACCAUUUUCACGGGCACCGGAUCGCAUUCUUUCUCUUCACACUCUCUCUCUCCCUCUCUCUUCUUAAUUUCUCUCUCUCCCUCUCUCUUCUUUUGGCCUGUUAAUUUUCCCAGCUCCCUGGAUCCGAGCACUUUCUUACGGGGAAAUUCUUUUCCGGCGAAAUAAGGGCCUGGCCUUAACUUUCGCGGGCGACUCGAUUGGAGAUUCUGUUUAGUAGAAUCGCCGGGAAAUCUUAUUUUUGCUGGAAAAACCCCUAGUUGUCGGAGAUUCUGAUUUCGGCCGGAUUAUUGGCCAGAAAACAGUUCUUUUGUUGCCAGAAAAGUCGUAUAUCCAGUUGAUGUGUGUUACCCAGUAUCUUUUGAUCUGACUUAUCCAUUGGUGAAAACAGGCUGUUUUUUACCUGGCUUUUAGUUGGUAAAACCAGACCAAAAAACCGCUUUUCCGUGGUUUCAUGACAUAUUCAGGUGGUUUUUCCUCUGGUUAUUGCGAGAAAAUCACUGGGAAAAAUCCCCAUUUAAUGGUGGUUUUGGGUACAAAUUGAUACUUAUCUUUUGGCCACCUCUGUUGCUUUUUUGAGGUAUAAAAUGGAAGGAUGAGAUUAAUAUUGUUUGAAGACAAAUAAUUCAUGGGAAACUGUAUAGCCCCAGCUGAUACUUCUUUACCUCUCACAAAAUCGGGUGAGGAUGGUCAUCCUUAUGCUCCAUCAAAGUCGAAGAAAUCAAAUUCAGUAGCCUCUGAUUUCCACAAUGUCACACCGCUGACGCCCAAAAGAGAGGUCGAAGAUCUCAGGCAAACAUCGGUCUCUAAUGUCCAUAUCUUCACAUACCAAGAGAUGAGAUUGGCCACCAAGAAUUUCAGGCCUGAUCAAAUUCUUGGAGAAGGAGGGUUUGGGCCUGUAUACAAAGGACUGAUUGAUGAGAAUGUGAGGCAAGGCUUCCAGUCCACUCAGGUAGCCAUCAAGGAGCUAAAUCCCGAAGGGUACCAAGGUGAUAGAGAAUGGCUUGCAGAGGUCAAUUAUCUAGGGCAGCUGAGCGAUCCACAUCUGGUUAAACUCAUCGGCUAUUGUUGCGAGGACGAGCAUAGACUCUUGGUUUAUGAAUAUAUGGCUUGUGGAAGCCUUGAAAAGCACCUCUUCCGGAGAGUUUGUGUUACAAUGCCUUGGUCAACCAGAAUGAAGAUUGCGCUCGGUGCAGCUAAAGGGCUUGCCUUUCUUCAUGGAGCCGAUAGACCAAUUAUCUAUCGUGAUUUCAAGACAUCAAAUAUUUUGCUUGAUGCGGAUUAUACGGCCAAGCUCUCAGAUUUUGGACUCGCAAAAGAUGGACCAAUGGGAGAUCAGACUCAUGUUUCCACUCGGGUGAUGGGAACUUAUGGCUAUGCAGCUCCUGAGUAUGUGAUGACUGGCCAUUUAACAGCAAGAAGUGAUGUCUAUGGAUUUGGAGUGGUGCUUCUUGAAAUGCUCAUUGGGAGGAGGGCCAUGGACAAGAGCAGGCCUAGCCGAGAGCACAACCUGGUCGAGUGGGCUCGCCCUCUCCUCAACCACAAUAGAAAGCUCCCCAGGAUCCUGGACCCAAGAAUGGAAGGCCAGUACACUGUUAAGAGUGCCCUAAAGGUUGCUAACUUGGCCUACAAUUGCCUUAGCCAAAACCCUAAGGGUAGGCCAACUAUGAGCGAAGUUGUUGAUUUACUAGAGAUUCUACAAGAGCCUGACACACAAAAUGAGAAGCUUGUAUGCACAGCUGGCGGUAGUGUUACUCUUUACGAGGUUCCCAAAAAUGUGGGUGAUAAUUCCCCUAAAGAGGGGAAAAAAUCACCUCAAAAAAGUGAAGGGGACCGAGAAGAAGCCCCAAGAGAGAAGAAGUCACCUCAAAGAACCGAAGGAGAGGGGAAGAAAUCAGCUCGAAGAAGUGAAGGAGAGGAGAAGAAAUCACCUCGAAUAAGUGAGAAAGAGGAGAAGAGGCGACCUCGAAAAAGUGAGGGAGAUCAAGAAGCCCAUUACCGACACGAGAGGAGGAGAGAAAAACUGCCCAAUGGAAGGAGAAAGAGCGAACCACCAAAUGAAACUGGUUUGUAUAGCCCUUCUCAGGACUACAUGCCAGGGCAGAAAAAACAUUCCUCUGCAAGGUGUGGAGCAAGGAAACCAUUUGGAAGUGAGUCUGACUUGUAUGAUCUUUGACUUUAAACUCUAUGCCAACAAAUUUGGUUUCGUUCUUUUCAUCGAAGUUAAUUAAAUCUGCUUUUCUAUUGAUUGGUACUUUGAUGUAAAUGACUGAAAUAUCACUGUAAAACGGGUGUCAAUAUGCUAUCUCGAGCUUUCAACCCAUAAACACUAAGAUUUUGAAGUCGCCAAGUGUGGUUGUGCUUGAUUAUGUUGUGGAA